UAUUUUUUUGUUUAUAUCGAUGUGAAACAGCCAGGAUUAUAUGGAUAACUUAUUUUUUAUUAAGUUUAGUGGAAAGUGUGUUUGAAAUCUUGGAUAUUGGGUUAGCUUUUUAGAGGAGUUCGUUUUUGGAAGCUUAGGAUUUGCAAAUAUGCGUACAAUGCCGCCUAACGUAAUACUUACGCUACUUCUAUUAAUACCAGCAACCAUAUCAAGAUCAGUAAAAACAAAUGCGCGCCCAGUCCAUGAAAUCAUUAACGAACAAUCCCGAAUAGACGAAAAGAAACUCACCAACCCAGGAUUUCUACCCUAUGGUAACCCUUUGGCAGGCAACUCUCAACAAAAUGCUAGACUACAUGCGCAGAAUCAACAAGCUAUGUUUAACGCAGAAAGAAUCAGGCAACACAGAGCUCAAGUCCAAAGAUGGACAAAAGCCCCAAUACAAAUGGACAGCUAUAUGAAAGCUUUCCACGAAUCACAAGAGAGCCAUCAACUAGCUUUAGAACAACAGCAAGCGAAGUUAAGAGACGCUAAAGUAGUAGCUACCACUCCUAAAUCUAGGCAGACAGAGCAAAAGAGUAGAAGACAGGAUAAAAGAGUAGAACCUAAAAGAGUUGAAAGAAUCAGACUCCAAAGUCCAGAGCCUACGAAGAUUACUAAAGCUGAUGCGAUUAUAAAAGAGAGAAGCAGGAACCAUAGGUCACAUGGUUCACUAGAUCUUCAAUAUCAUCAAUAUCUUCAGCCAAAAAGAUACCAGACUGUCUAUGUUUCACCAGGACCUACUUAUGAUCAAGGAGUAACUAUCAAACCUAAUGGCAAUGUUGGUCUGAAACACUAUCAAGCUACGCAUGAAAGUAAGUUGUAUACAGAAGCUAUACCAAGCACGGAGAAGCCUAUUUAUCCUAAGCAAUAUCAUCAAAUGCAAGAGUAUCAAUCUGCUCAAGAUAUUGAUGCUUUAAAAUCACUACUGAAAACGAAUUCUAAAGAUCAACAAUUAUCUGGGCUAAAUGCUUUGAUAGUGUCAGGAAAUCAGAAUAAAGAAGAAGAAGAAAAACAUAAUAAUCUAGAGACGCCGAUAGACCUAUAUUUCUAUUUAAAAGGUGCUCCAAGCCCAAAUCCAGCGCAGCAGUAUGAUCAUACAAAAUAUGCCCAAAUACCACAAUAUGCUAGCGCUUAUAUGCCUAAACCCGUAGUCAAGGAUCAUACACCUAUAACUGAGCAAGUAGAUGAUAUUGAAGACCCUAAUAAACACAGACCAAACCUUAUCAGACCUUAUGGAGUACAACCUAUUGUAACCCCAGCGCCUGCUAUACAAGAUACAACCACAACUAAAAGCAGCAACUAUUAUAAAGUUGAAGUAGCCAGUCAAACUAUUUCCUCAGGACUCAAGUAUAGGGAACCGGAUUAUUAUUUAAAUGAAGAUUCAGCUAAACCAAGUCAUCAGGCAUUACAAUAUGCUCAGCCACAAUAUCCACCGUCGCAAUAUGGGACACAGUAUGCUGCGAGUGCUGCGACUCAGUAUGCUGCGACCCAGUAUGGAACACAGUCAGACGAGAGCGACCAAAGCGAAAGAUAUCUUCAUCACAACGCGCAACACGCAGGAAUCCAACAUUUGACAGGAGAUGGCACAGGAGUCUCUGCUUACGACGACGACAGUCUCCAUUACGCAUCCAACUACGAGUUUGGCUACCGAGUUCGCGACCACCACAGCGGCAACGAUUUUGGACACCAAGAGGCCAAACAUGGCGAGAACACCAACGGAGCCUACCACGUGCUCCUGCCAGACGGACGGAUGCAGAAGGUCCGGUACUCCGCUGGUCCGGAGGGCUUCCAUGCUGAUAUCUCGUAUGAUCAUUUGCAGUAUAAACAUUGAGUUUAUACACAACAUU